CAGGGCGGAACACUUGGCGUCGGCAUUCGUCUAUCGGGUCGGACACAGAACGUGCUCGGUGUUUAAAGACAAACAUUGCUACGCAAGCAGCUGCAGUACGAUCUCGACAUCCAAGAUGGCCCCUUACCGAGACAGCAUCAUCAUCGCCACAACGCUCCUCAGCGGCGCGGCUGCAAUCAACAAUGGCCUGGCUGUGACCCCUCCAAUGGGAUGGAACAACUGGAAUGCCUUCGGCUGUGAUGUUUCUGAGGACCUAUUGUACACAACCUCAGACCAGAUCUUGAGUCUGGGCCUCCGGGAUCUUGGAUACGACCACGUUGUCCUGGAUGAUUGCUGGCAAGAUGUCAACGGCCGUGACAAGAACGGCAAACUUCAACCUGAACUCAGCAAAUUCCCCAAUGGUCUGAAGUCGAUAUCAGAUCAUCUGCACGGCCAAGGACUCAAAUAUGGCAUGUACAGCAGUGCCGGCGAAAUGACCUGUGCACGUUUCUCUGGAUCUCUGGAUCACGAGGUCGAUGAUGCAAACAGCUUCGCUGAGUGGGGCGUAGACAUGCUGAAGUAUGAUAGCUGCUACCACAUGGGCAGAAUUGGAACGCCUCAGAUCUCGUUCAAUCGAUUCAAGGUCAUGUCAGAUGCUCUCCGGGCCUCCGGGCGAAACAUUCUGCUCAACCUUUGCAAUUGGGGAGAGGAUCAAGUGCACACUUGGGGCAUGUCAAUUUCCAACUCGUGGCGUAUCACUGGCGAUAUCUACGACAGCUUCACACGACCAGAUGACCUGUGUGGAUGCAACACAAUGGCGCCAGGUGACCCAUCUUGCAUCGCCCCUGGUACUCACUGCUCUGUCCUUUUCAUUCUUAACAAAGUGGCUCCAUUUGCAGAUCGCUCCAUUCCUGGUGGCUGGAGUGAUCUCGACAUGCUCGAAGUCGGCCAGGGUGGCAUGACUGACGAGGAGUACAAAGCACACUUUGCUCUCUGGGCCGCUCUUAAAUCGCCACUCUUUCUGGGCAAUGAUCUGCGCUCGAUGCCUGCCUCAGCUCUGACCAUCAUCAACAACCCGGCCAUCAUUGCACUGAGCCAGGAUCCGCACGGCAGAUCCGUAACGCGUGUCCGCAGGGACACCAAGGUUGCCAAGGACCAAUACGGCGAGGGCGAGACGCACGUGUGGGCCGGAUACCUGCACAACGGCGACCAAGCUGUUAUCCUCUUCAACGCUGCAGCCGAAGAUCUGGACAUGGAGAUCGAGCUAUCCGAGAUCUUCACACCUUUCGGACCCCACGGCUCAGCGCCACACGUCAACUUCGAUUGGGCUGUGCACGAUUUGUGGGCCGGCCGCAUGGCCGAGUCCACCGCUGAGGAGCUGAUCGCAGCUAAGUCUGAGGCGGGCCGUGCUGCUGUCCUCAAGAAGGCGAACUGGUACAAUGCGACCGAAACGCCGUACGAUCAGGGCCUGCUCAACGAGGACCCGAGGCUAUUCGGAGAGAAGAUCGGUGUUGUCAAGGCUGGAGGUAGUCUGAAGGCGCCGGUCAAGAGCCAUUCUGCUAAGGUGUUCCGGUUGAGGCGAAUCGCGAAAGAGGGCGAGAAGUUUAGGGGCAAGAGCAUCGAUCGCGUUGCCAAAGACGAGUUGUGAGAAAGACGCUCAACUCUCAUUUGAAUGGCGAUCUGAUCACCUCGAGACAUCGUGGGACCUUGAUCCUUCCAAUGAAUGAAAGAGGUGGUGUGGAGUGAUAGCCAAAACGUCUUCAAGUCGGC